UUUCUUCCUGCUUUUAUUCUGAAAUGCUCAACCCGGAAGUGACCUCUCUCGCUAACUGAUAGCAACAUUGAGUCUCGUCGCGACAGUUUUCUCUCUUUGUUCUCCCGAUAAAGAGUGUGUUUUCUCCCGCAGUUCUGAUCCUCCAGAGCCUCGGUGUGUCCGGAUGAACUCUCCGAGUUUACUCUGAUCUGUUCGGCUUCAUCUGGAGCUUCUACCUUACCGAAUACCGAAGUUAGCUUAGCAUGCUAGCUGGAAACACGUUAGCAACUGUGUGAGAGUUUGAUCGAGUGUGCAGGAACAGCUAGUGUGUGUGACAGAGUGUGUGUGCAAGAAAAGCUGCUGUGAACAGUGUGUGUGUGUGUAUAAACAUGAGUGUUGUGCUGCUCUCGUUGGUGAAGCAGAGACUCUCUGCAGCUGCUGAAGAGAUCUUUGCUCUGUUUGAAAGAACGAUAUCAGAGUACGAGGAGAAACUGUCUCGAUCAAAAGAGGAACACGAGAGAGACCGGAAACUACUGGACGCUGUUUUACAUUCUCAGAUCCAGAGGACAGACGUCCAACUGGUGGAAGUUGAAGAAGAGUUUCCCCCUGAGACCCCCCCACACAUUAAAGAGGAACAGGAGGAACUCUGGAUCAGUCAGGAGGGAGAGAAGCUUCAAGGGCUGGAGGAGGAUGAUAACAGCAAGUCAACAUUCACUCCUGUCCCUGUGAAGAGUGAAGAUGAUGAAGAGAGACCUCAGUCCUCUCAGCUUCAUCAGAGACCAACAGAAGCUGAUGGAGAGGACUGUGGAGGACCAGAACCAGACAAGAACUCCGAUCCAGAGACACGUUUACAACCAGAGACUGAGGACAACCCUGGAGACUCUUCAGAACCUGACACUGAAGACAGUGCCGGUUGGAAGGAGACCAGAGACCCUCCGUCAGGUUCAAACUCUCGAGUCCCCGUCAGUGAUUCAAGGCGUAGUUCUGCAAAUAAACGCUGUAAAUGCUCUCAGUGCGGGAAAACAUUAAGCAAGAAGAGUGCUCUGAAUCGACACAUGCUAAUUCACACAGGAGAGAAACCCUUCAGCUGCGCACUGUGCAGUAAAAGGUUUAUCCGCAGGAGUCACGUGACGAGACACAUGCUAGUUCACAGCGGAGAGAAACCCUUCAGCUGCUUGUUUUGUGAGAAAUCUUUUCGGCGAAGUGAACAUUUACAUAUUCACAUAACGGUGCAUGGAAAGAAAGCCUACAGCUGCUCACUGUGCAGUAAAAGAUUUCAUAAAAAGUGACCUGUCAAUGGAUGUUCACACCGGAGAGAAACCAUUAAGCUGCUCCGAUUGUGGGGAAUCUUUUAGACGAAGUGAAAGUUCAAAGAUUCACAUGAGAGUUGGAGGAGAAACGAUGUGGCUGCCGUGUUGGUGAGCAAGGAUUCUCUUGGAUUUAUGAACUCAGAAACCGUCAAAAUGCCAAACGAUAAAUAACGUCUAACUUUACUGAAUACAAAGGACAUCUGGAGAGUAUGACAACAUGACUUCUACUUGAACUGAUGCUCUAAAUAUCUUGUAAAUUAUUUACUUAAAUGUACAUUUUUUUAAGCAUCUAAAAAUAAACCUGCUUUUUAUUUUGUAUUACACAUCUUAGAUUUAAGAAUGAACAUAUGUCAAAGGAAAACUUUUGUGGUCAAUAAAGUAAUAAAAGUCAAAUAAAUAAAUAAAACUCAUCUUAAUUUC